AUGAAUCGCUCACGGCCACUUGUCGUGCACGAGGGUCUAUCUCAGACACUGUUGUCUAUCCUUCCCAGUUCUCAGACACUUCUAUGGACCAUUUCUGAGCAGGCGGAGCUCGUGCAGUCGUCAUUGGGAUCGAAACAUGUCUUGGCUAUUCUACCGACUGGCAGUGGAAAGAGUCUCACAUUUUUUGGUGCUGCAAUGCAGUCUCCUGACCAUCUGUAUAUUGUCAUUAGUCCUCUCAUCGCCCUCACCAAUGACCUCAAGUGUCAGCUGGGACAGACUCAUUUAGCAGGAGACCUCUGGAAUGCUCACCUGGAUGGCUCUCAGAUGCAGAUUGUGCUGGUAUCCAUCGACGUGGCAGUCAGGAAUGAUUUUUCCGUCUGGGCAGAGUCAUACAAGUAUCGACUGAAGUGA